UUUCACUGUGGCUGUGGUUCUUGCCAUGGUGCCAAGGUCCUCGCUGUGGACCUGAGGUGCUGGCCAUGGCCACGGCCCUCGCUGUGGUUCUCCCAGAGGCCCUGGUCCUGCCGUUGCCGUGGCCCUGGGCUGUUUGCCAAGGCCGUGUCCUGGAGGCACUGGCUGCUCCUCGUUGCCAGUGGCGCCGAGGCCCCGAGGCGCGCCCCGUGACCACCCUCCUCUCCGCGGCCCCCGUGGUAGCUGGCUGGGGGGGUCCCCGGGUCCCUCAGGUUGGAGAGGGCCGGGGACCCUCGCCGUCACCCCGCGCUGCCGCCACCACCCACCGCUGCCCUUUCCUUUUCUCCCCUCCCAGGUGGUCUCGAGCCGGGGCGAGGGGAUGCGGUGCCCCCGCGCCGCGUGGUGUCCCGAAGCGGCUCUUUAGAUCCUCCCCGGCCCAAGCCUCCCCUGCCAUGGAUGCCUCGGGGGCUCUUGCUUCGGCUCCCUCCUCCGCGGCUCCCUCGGGCUCCCGCAGCCCCAUGUUCCCCCCAGGAGCUGACAGAGAGGAGUGGGGACCGAGGUUCAAUUGUGCCCCUUCCACCUCUGCCGCAGCCUCGCAGGCGAUGCCAGCGUCUGGCCGGAAGAGGAAGGCCAACUUCUCCAAUGACGAGACUGAGACGUUGGUCUGGAAUGUGGUGCGGCAUUUCAGCGCCCUGUACGGGUCCGAGGCCCUGCGGGCUCACCCCGUGCGGCGGAAGCAGCUCUGGACCCAGAUCCAAAGCCGCGUCAACUUCCUGGGAUACACCGAGCGCUCCAUCGACGACCUCAAGCACAAGUGGCGCGACCUGCGGUUGGACGUCAAGAAGAAGAUCACCUCCAAGAAGCACCUGCCCAUGAACCGCGCCGGCGGGCCCCUCCACAAGCCACGCCUCACGCCCCUGGAGAAGAUGGUGGCUUCCACCUUCCUGCAGGCCAGCCACGACUCGGAGCCCGAAAUCAUCCUGGACCCAGACCUGUUCUUCCCCGGUGCCACCAAGCAGUCCUUCAUGCACCUGCAGCCUGGCGUGAGCCACCCCAGCAUCUACAUUGACACCAACGGGCAGCCGUCCUCCCUGCCCGAGGUGGAGGGCUCGGCCGUGCCCCGCCUGGCCCUGCAGAGCCCCGACCCCGCCAGCCUCGGAGAGUUCAGCCGGGGGGAAGGGCAGAGCAGCUCGGCCGAGUCGGGACCGGAGCUGCGCACUCCAGACAUGUCGGCCAUUUCCCCGUCCCUGCGGAACGAGUCCCUGGUCUCCUACGCCUCCAUGUCGGAGGAGGAGGAACGGGAAGGCCGGGAGGUGGAGCGGGGCCACGGCGGGGCCGUGGGGGCACAGCCGGGGCCCGAGGCCCCCGCGGCUGCGGAGGAAGACGUGAAACUGUCCCGCCAGGCCAUGCUGAUCCGCCGCUGCAGCUCCCAGGGCUCCGUCACCUCCCUGCCCGAGGACCCUCUCAACCCUGUGGACUCUCACUCGGACUGGGGCCACGAGGGGGUGUCCGACCUGCCCCCCCUGGCCCGCGGGCUCGACUCCUCACACCCCGAGGAGCAGGCGGGGGGGCCGGGCCCGGAGAUGGGCACUUUGCCCAGGGUACUGAUGGGCCCCACUUGGGAGAAGCCGUCGGCAGAGGAGGAGCCCCCGACCCGCUCCCCGCUGCACGGGGCCCUGACAGAGGAGUCGCUGCCCUCCUCCGCCUCCCCCCCGGGGGACGCCCCCGCCGCCCCCGGCCCCCCCCCGCGGCCUGGGCUGCUCCCGCCUGCGGGAGGACCGGCGGGAGAGCUGGAGGACUAACAUCCAUCACCUGCUGGACCUGGAGGAGCAGUGGGACCAGCUGUACCACCAGGAGCUGGCCAUGUGGCAGGAGGAGCGGGCCAC